AUCAAAACAAUUAACAACUAUGACGGAGAAAAUUAAAACAUUUUUCAAAAAAACAAAGUUAAAUGCAAAAUUUAUGAAUGCUGGCAAAGGAUACAAAUUAACAGAUUCAACAAGUACCACUCCAUCUACUUCAAUAGUAGAGCCAAGAAAAAGAAUAGAACCUACAGAAGAAGCUAAAAUUGCUGGUCAAGUUACUUUAGCAAGACUGGAAGCAAAGGAAUGUAAAGUAAAAAAAUGUAGAACAUCAUACCCAGCUAUUAAAGCACAAGUGAAACGAGAAUUAGAGCAAGAAGCACGAGAAAAUUCUGCACAGACAAAAGAAAAAACAGAAAAUAGAAUAGUGGAUGAGUCAUCAUUUGCUGUUAUUAAUAUAUAUUAUCGUUGUCCCUAUUUAUCUAAUGAGAUAUUAUUACAAGAUGAAUGGAAAGUAAAAAUAAAAGAAUUUUUAUAUGAAAAUUUGAAAGGAGAAGAACCAGGUUUAACAGCAUGUUUGAUUAUACAAAAUUGCAAUUCUAAGAAAGAAAAAAUUGAUGCUUGUAUUGAAACACUUGGAAAAUAUUUGGAAAAUAUUAUAAAUAAUCCAGAGGAAGAAAAGUAUAAAAAGAUUAGAAUGCAAAAUAAAAUAUUUCAAGAUAAAGUACUCCCAAUUGAAGGUGCAUUAGAUUAUUUAAUAGCUGCUGGUUUUCGGCAAAAGAAGUUAUUGAAUAAUGAUAAAGAGGAAGAUUUUUUAGUUUGGAGUGCUGAAAAUUGUAGUAUUGAAGAUGUUACCAUGUUAAUUGAGGCAUUAAAAACUGCGGAGCCCAUCCCACUUGAAUUAGAUAGAAAUCUCCAAGUAUUGCUACCUAUAGAAGCAAGAAAGAGAAGCGAAUUGCCACCGAAUUUUUUCAAUUUAACUCCUGAGGAAAUAACAAAAGAACAGCAACUUCGAACUAAAACUGUUGAAACAAACCAGAUGCUGAGGACAAAAGCUAUGAGAGAAAGAGAGGAAGAACAAAGGCUUAGAAAAUAUAAAUUUUCAUUGAUUCGUAUAAAAUUUCCAGAUAAUCUUAUCUUACAAGGAACGUUUUCAAUUCAUGAAAACUUUCAAAGUAUUAUCAAUUUUGUUAGUGAGAAUUUGAUUCAUUCUGAAAGACCUUUCAGCUUAAAAAGGUUGCCAGAGACUACAUUUUGUGAAGAUUCUUUUGACAAAACAUUACUGGAAUUGGGAUUAUUUCCUGCUGCUCUUUUGGUAUUUGUCUGGAAAAAUAAAUUAGAGGAAACAAAUUACAACGAAUCUGUAGGAUAUUUGAAAGAAGAAUUA